AGUCCCAGGUAGAGUACAAACUUUGCAGGAGGCUCAACAAAACACCGCUGACCAGCCAUAUCACCUCUUACUGUACUACAAACAUCCUUCUGUCCUCUGAAGAUGUCCAGCUCUCAAACAACCACCACUAACGGGGCGGUGGUAUUCACCCAUGUCUACCCCUAUGGGAACGGGAUGGGGGUCGCAGGGGUCGCAUCUGCUCCUCACUGUCUGGGACAGACGGUCUCUUCAGUGCUGGGAAGUUUCCGGGCAGGGCAUCCAAAAGCGCUGGGAACCGUACAGAUCGUGAUUGGUUUGAUGAUGCUGUUGACAGGAAUCGUGAUGACUGCCGGACCACAAGUAGACAAUAUUGGAGUAUUUAGUGGAAUAUUUGUCUGGGGAUCUAUCAUUUAUGUAGUUGCAGGCUCUCUAACUGUUGCUGCUGACAACAAACUGAACAAAUGUCUGGUAAAAGGCUCCCUUGGAAUGAAUGUUGUCGCCACAGUUACUGCUCUUACUGGCACCAUUAUGCAUUCUUUAGACAGUGCUGGGAUCCUCUUGUACUACUGUGACUAUCCAGGCAAUCCUUCAUACUACCCUCCAUCCUAUGUCUACUACCCUACGUCCUCUGUCUGUCAACAGUAUCGGGUCAGGUCCCAGGGAAUAUCAGGUGUUUUGGCUGUUUUCUCCUUGCUGGAGUUUAUAGUGUCCAUCUGUGUCUCGUCAUUCGCCUGCAGAGCUGUCUGCCUGUGCUGCCGUUCCACCCCUGAGCAAGUGUUCAUCAUUGGGAAUCAAAUACCGGUACCUCAUGGCAGCAUGACUCCAAGCAACGCACCUUACCCUCCUCAGAACAACUACGAGACUGGGAACUACCCAAAGGGUCCUGAGGGAGGCGAUAUGGGUACAGGGUUUCAACAGAACCACCUGCCUCCUCAAUACACUGCUGUCAUCCCUUGAGAAUUGGGCCUCAGUGAAUACAUUGUUCUUUUUCUUGUUGAAAUUGUGUUCUCUGGGCCUAUUUUUCUGAUCCAAGCCAGGCAACGGUUAGCACCACAUUACUGAUCUGAAUAAUUUGACAGUUUAAUAUUGAUAGUGUAUUGUAAUGCAAUGUUUCAGUAUAAUGUUUAGGUUACUAUAUGGUUGAUUUUAUAACUUCAUGUUUUUGUCAUUUCUAUCUUUCUUUAAUUGAUAUAAUUUCAUCAUCAUUUCUGAUAUAAAAGUAUAAUAGAUUUAUCAACUAAAAUUAACCACUGCUAUAUGACAUAUGAUGCAUCCUUUUUAAUAACACACAAAUGCAUAUUUAACUUGUCUUGAAACAAUAAAGCUGACAGAAUUUU